AUGGUUGUCACGGCCACCGGUUGCAGGCACACGCUCGCGGUGAAGGGCACGGCUGUUGGGCCGAUGCUGAGGCGCGCAGUGGAGAAGGGCUUCGGCUUGGAGUGCGCAAGUCUCGGAGAGGCCCUCCACGCGCAAGCCGUGGGCUGCCCGCCUCAGCAUAUUGUCUUUGACUCACCCUGCAAGACGCGCAGCGAGCUAGCGUAUGCGCUGAAGCAAGGGCUGCACCUGAACGUCGACAGCCUGGAGGAGCUGGCGCGGUUGGCCCAGAUUCGUGAAUCCCUGGCAGCGGAGACACCAGGAGGUCUCAAGAAGGGCACUGUUGGCUUGCGGCUGAAUCCGCUAUGCGGUGCCGGCGAAAUCGCCGAUCUGUCGGUCUCCGUGUCGGACUCGAAGUUUGGUGUUGCCGGUAGCGAGGAAGCCGACAUUCUGGCAGCCUUCAAGGCACACCCGUGGCUAUGUGGUCUACACGUGCACGUGGGCUCCGGAGCGAUGGGCUUGCCCGUGCUCGUGGAAGGCGUGAAAGCUUGCUGUGACCUCGCUGCCCGGAUCAACUUGCACGUGGGGCGACGGCAGGUCACGGUGAUGGACAUCGGCGGAGGUCUUCACCCGGACUACAGGUCUGACACCCGUCCGCCGUUUGCGGAGUAUGCAGCCCUCUUGAGGAAGGCGAUCCCUGGGCUCUUGCCUAGCGAAGGCGAGGAGGCCUUGUUCGACGCGGUCGUCACCGAGUUUGGGCAGGCACUCUCGGCGAAAACCGGCUUCUUGGCUUCGCGCCUGGAAUACGUGAAGGAAGUUCGAAGCCAGGGGGGCAAGGCGCAGAUCGCCGUGGGGCACUUCGGCGCCGAUCUCUGUGUGCGGCAGUGCUACACGAAGGAUCACAAGCGUCGCAUCGAGUUCUACGACGCGGAGUCCUGUCAGCCGGUGAAGCGCGCCCGCCGGGAGGCUGCCACGGUCACUACACACCUCGCAGGGCCCCUCUGCUUCCAGGGUGACUUCCCGGCGCGAGAUUUGGAGGCACCCCCGCUCCACCCCGGCGACUUUGCAGUCAUGCGCGAGGCCGGCAGUAACACACUGUCCCUGUUCAGCCGCCACUGCUCCAGGUUCGCCCCAGCAGUGCUGGGCUAUCGCCUGAACUCGGGAGGAACAGCCCCCGUGGUGUCGUCGCUGGAGGUGCUGAAGCCCUUCGAGACGCCAGCAGAGUUGUGCAGGUUCUGGGGCACCGAGGUCGCCGAGGAGCAGCUGCCUGACGGAAGCUGA